CAGGCACCAUGUGUACAGCAGCAGAGGUUGCAUAGUAACGACAGCAGGAAGGCGUCAGCUCUGCCCUCCUUGCUCGCCGCAGAGCGCUGAGAAGAGCGAGAUCUUAUCUCAACUGUCAGAAUGGAUCUUGACAUCCAGUGUGAGGAGUUGAGCCCAUCUAGAUGGACUGAACUUCUGUCCACAAUGAAAUCCUGCAAAACCAUCAGGCUGGAUGACUGCAAUCUCUCCAGCAGUAGCUGUGAGGAUCUCUCCAUCAUCCUCAGUGUGAAUCCGUCCCUCACAGAGCUGAAGCUGAACAACAACGAGCUGGGAGAUGCAGGCUUUGAAAUCUUGUGUAAAGGGCUGCUGACUCCAAGCUGUAGCCUACAGCAGUUAUGGCUGCAAAACUGCAAUCUGACGAGUGCCAGCUGUGAGAUGCUCCGCUCUGUCCUCAGCGCACAGCCGUCCCUGAGAGAGCUGAACGUAGCUGACAACAAACUGGGAACUGCUGGAGUGAAGGUGCUGUGUCAAGGGAUGAUGAACCCCAACUGUAAGCUGCAGAAGCUGCAGCUGGAAUAUUGCGAACUCACAGCUGAUAUUAUGGAAGCUCUCAGUUCUGCUCUGCAAAGCAAUCCCACCCUGAAGGAGCUCAGCCUGAGUAACAACACGCUGGGAGAUACGGCUAUAAAGCAGCUGUGCCAGGCACUGGUGGAGACAAGCUGCAACAUUGAGUUACUACACCUGGAGAACUGUGGCAUAACCAGCGAUAGCUGUCGGGAGAUGAGCAGAGUUCUCAGUAACAAGUCAUCACUGAUAGAUCUCAUCAUGGGGGAUAACAAGAUCGGGGAUUCCGGUAUGGCUUUGCUGUGUGAAGGACUGAUGCAUCCUAACUGCAAAAUCCGGAAGCUAUGGUUAUGGGACUGUGAUAUCACAAGUGCUAGCUGUGAAGGUCUCUCCAGACUCAUCAGUACAAAAGAGACCCUCACAGAGAUGAGUCUGACAGACAAUAACCUGAGAGACUCAGGGAUGGAAAUGCUGUGUGAGGCACUCAAGGAUCCCAGAUCUAAGCUCCAGGAGCUAUGGAUUAAGGAGUGCGGGCUCACGACUGCUUGCUGCAAGGCCAUCAGCUCUGCUCUCAGCAUGAACAAACAGUUGAAAAUACUGAACAUAGCAGAGAACAAGUUGGGAGAUGCAGGUGUUGAAAUCAUAUGUGAAGGGCUGCUACACCCCAACUGCAACAUUCAGUCCCUGUGGCUGUGUAACUGCGAUCUCACGUCAGCCUCCUGUGCAACCUUCGCCACCGUCAUGACCACCAAGCAGUCCCUUACCGAGCUGGACCUGAGCGACAACCCCCUGGAUGAUGAAGGCGUCAGGAAGCUCUGUGACGCUGUGAGGAAUCCCAACUGCUACCUGCAGCAAUUAGUCUUGUACGACAUUUACUGGAGUUCUGAAAUGCAUGAUGAAAUGAGAGCCCUGGAAGAGUCCAAGCCUGAAGUGAAGAUCAUUUCUUGAGUGGUGACUGCCUGCAGAGCAACGUCAAAGCAACGUCCUCUUCUUAAUCUGAACUUUUUCAUACAUAAUGCUAGUUAACUUAAUAGAGAAUUUGCUUGUACCAAAAAAGUUUGUGGAUUCCCUGAGUGGGUGUCCGGGGAGCUGAUCAACCUUCUGUGCAUCUUUGGAUGUACUAACUCUGAGGCUUUGAAAGCGUUUUAGAUUUUCACUGCAGCAUUACUAUCCUUGAAAUAAACAAUUACUGGGCAUCUUUUCUAGAAGUGGGUCUCUACCCUUUAGGAGCUCUUUAAUCCUGUAAUCCCUUCUAGCACAUUAGUCGGGCUUUAAAGAGAUCUUUCCAAAAGCAGGAGAACUUCCUACUGUAUUAUUAGUAGGUGGGGCGUUUGCCAGGCCUCUGGGGAAGGCUCUCGAAAAAAACAAAUGUUUUUUUCAUUUAAAAUGGGGCUCUCCCCUGCCUUUCCCGAGCAGGGUACUUUUAAAAGUGGUGGUGGCCAAGAUACUAGAGAAGAAAGAAAUGAGCAGCUGUUCAAGCUCUGGAACUUUGAAAUUGAUGUCCCUUGAAAAGUGAUUUUCCUGCAAACAAAAGAUGCUGUGUGCAUUUCUGCUGUUAGGGGAAAUGAUUAAAUGGUUUGAUAUGUUUGCUCUGGCAAGAGUGGUUCUACAGAAACUUUAUUAAAGUCUGUUUGCAAAUAA